CAUCGAGAUACUGAAAUGUUUAUGGUAUGCAAUUCCAUUCAAGUGGUAGGUUCAAUGAUAACAGGCUAGCAUGCUGCUAUCAAAGUCAACUGUCCUAGUUGGCUUUCGACAGGGAUGCCAACCUCGGAUCCCACAAUGCCUUUACUUAUUAUACGUCUUUGAUGCUCCCAAAUGAUUCCCAUCACGUCCGAAAGAUCCUCUUUGUCUCAAAUGACUGACUUGGGCAGGACAUGGAUCUAUCAGACUCCUCUCCUUGUUUCGUCUCUUUGUUACUCCUAUUCCUCUGUUUGGUGCAUGCUCGUAGCAGCGCGAAUGGAGAAACGUGCCAUGAGAGUGACUUGGAAGCAUUGGAAGGCUUCUCCAGUUGCUUAAAAACUCCGAUCGAUGGGUGGGGGGGAGGAGGAGGAAGCCAGACCUCUGACUGCUGCUCAUGGACUGGUGUGACUUGCGACAACUCCACCUCAGGGUCAAGGCGGGUGGUCGCCUUGGACCUCGGGGGAAGAAAUCUCGGCGGAGAGAUCUGUGAUGCAGUGACGGCUUUGGAAUCUUUGCGGUUUUUGAACCUCUCACUCAACUCUCUCAGCACUCGCGCCCCCUGGAAAUUGUUCCAGAUGCACAACCUCGAGGUCCUUGAUUUGGGUUACAACUUUAUAGGUGGUCAUCUUCCUUGCCCGAUCAAUCUACCCUCAAUUAGAUCGCUAAACAUCUCAUUUAACAACUUCUUUGGGCCGAUAGCAAUGAGCCUGACGACCCUCUGUAGUAAUUCGUUUAACCUCAGAGCUCUUAAUCUAGCCAAGAACUACUUUUAUGGAGAUAUACGAGCAGAUUUCGGGAAGUGUACUUCUCUGGAACAGCUCUCUCUUAGACAGAACCUCCUCUCCGGGGACUUGCCGGGGAGCCUUUUCCAGCUACUGAAUCUGGGGGAACUGCAACUUCAGAUGAAUAGCUUUUCUGGGGAACUCAGUGAAGAAAUCAAUCUCGGCUACAAUGAUUUCACCAGUGAGCUUCCCUCGAGUUUUAAGAGCCUUCAGUCAUUGAGAGGGCUCUCUCUCUCAGGAACAAGUCUCACUAAUUUGUCCUCAGCACUUCAGACUCUACAACAUUGCAAAAACUUAGAAUCUCUGUUCCUCAGUAUGAGUUUCAGGGAUGAAGAAAUCCUGGUGAACGCCAGUUUCCAGUUCUACAGCCUAAAGGGAUUUGCUGCCUCGAACAGCAGACUGAAAGGUUCGCUUCCGUCGUGGUUAAGUUGCAGUUGCCAGAAUUUGCAGGUCCUCGAUUUAUCAGGGAACCGAUUGAGUGGGAGAAUCCCUGAUUGGAUCAGUGAGUUUCCCUCCCUCUAUUAUUUGGAUCUGUCCAAUAAUUCUUUUACCGGAGAAGUACCAGAGCGCCUAACAGAACUGCGAGGCCUCAGAGAUCUCCCCUCUGUGAGCACUCCAUUUUUUGUCAUGAGGCAGCGCGCGAAGUCCUUGAGAAUGAAAGCCCUUAGGGAAAUUGUACCACCAACACUGGAUUUAAGCAAUAACUGGCUGAGAGGACCCAUUUGGCCUGCUUUCGGGAAUCUUACGGAGCUUAAAGUCUUGAGGCUGAAAAAUAAUAAGUUCUCGGGCUACAUUCCUGAGAGUCUGUCGGGGCUGAGAAACUUGGACACAUUGGAUUUGUCCUGCAACAGUUUGUCUGGAAGAGUACCUGAGUCUUUUGACAGACUCGGGUUCAUGUUGAGUUUCAAUGUUUCUCACAACAAACUCUACGGAAAAAUUCCUGAGGAAGGCCUAUUCCCCAUAUAUCCUUAUUCGAGUUUUGAAGGGAACAACGGCCUCUGUGGCCUUUACUUGGAACCAUGUGGACUGACGUCGACCUUGCAGGAACUUUUCCAGGGUAUGAAGAACUUGAGACUGCCUUUCGAGGUCAGUGCAGUAUCAGGUUUCUUAAUUACGACUGGGAUUUGCUUCUUGUUCGGUUGGAUGUUUAAAAAAGCAGUGCAAAUGAGGACUGUUGCCGGAAGGAGAACCCACAUCAGACAAGAGUGAGAAGAUAUACCGAAACACAAGAUUUGGUUAAGCUCUGUAACUUACUGUUCUAAGAAAAUUAUUGUGAACUGUUGGUUUAGAUUAUGUUCGAACUGGAAAAGAAGAUUAUUCAGAACAUCAUUUGCUUGCUUUAAACCAUAGAGCCGUAUCAGAGCAUCACGCUUGACCUUGACAGAAUGCCAUGAACGGUUUAAGAAAACAGACAGAAUUACAGACAGACAUUUUCUCUGCUCAAUGCCUCAGAAUUUUUUUUAUUAUUGUAAGCAUAAGUGAGAAGAGAAUACAGCGGAAAUACAAACUGCGUCGACUGAAAUGUUAAGGACCUUGACAAACUGCUUAUUUUUCGCACAUGAAAGCUGGUAGUCUGUCCCAUCAAGUCCUCAUAUGACUCUCAGUUAUUGGGUACUAAUCAUAUAAGUUUUCAGCUAAUAAUAAUUAACUGAAUGGGACUUCAGUUUUAGGGUUUUUAAAUGGAAAUUAUGGAUAUUGAGGUCUUUCAGUUUCCUGGCACUGGAGGCAUAGCAGGUGACGCAAUAGGAGAAUUCCCAUAGGCUAGUUUAUAGUCACUCCACAGUUGAUCGACACUCU